AAGAUGGAUAUUCAAGAGGACUACUUUUGCAGCUACGAAGAUUUCGAGGUUCACAGAUUGAUGAUUGACGAUGAGCCUCGAACGCGUGCCUAUCAGAAAGCCAUAUUGGACAAUAAAGCCUAUUUUAAAGACAAAGUUGUUAUGGAUGUGGGCUGCGGUACGGGAAUUCUUUCAGUAUUUUGUGCCCAAGCCGGCGCGAAAAAGGUAUACGCUGUUGAAGCAAGCAGUCUCGCUAAUGUAGCUAAAGACAUUGUUAAGGAGAAUAAGUUUGAGGAAGUUAUUGAGGUUAUACACAGUAAAGUGGAAGAUGUAAUUCUACCCAACAACAUGAAGGUAGAUGCUCUAGUAUCUGAGUGGAUGGGCUUCUACCUACUGCAUGAGGGUAUGCUGGACUCUGUGCUUUUUGCCAGACACAAGUUCUUGAAAGAGGGUGGGGAGAUGUUUCCGGAGACUGCUACUAUUUAUGUAGCUCCAUGUAGUGUUAAAUCAUUGUAUCAAAAAUGGGACAAUGUGUAUGGAGUAUCAAUGGCAGCUUUUGGCAAGCAGCUCCGAGCAAGUAAGUGCAGCAAGCCAGAGAUCCUGACCAUUGGGGCUGAUGAGCUGCUGGGUGAGGAGGUGGCUAUGGCCUGGAUCAAUUUGAAAGAAGACAUGCCUGAAGACUUGGACUCUUACAGUAUACAGCAUGUUGUAGCGGCUAACAAAGCAGGUUCCUACCAAGGCAUCUGCGUGUGGUUUGACUGCACGUUCCCCGAGUUAUCCAGCGAGGUUGGCAGGGAGGUGCUAAGCACCAGUCCCUCAAGCCCAGAGACCCAUUGGAAACAGACUGUUAUUGUGCUGCCUGAUCAACAGGAGGUGGAGGCUGCAGAGCCUAUAGCGUUUCAAUUGGAUAUGAAUAGGGACCAGUUGAAUGGCAGAAGAUAUAAUCUCCAGCUAACAAUGCAAGACCCCAAUGAGGUAGAACAUCCCCUGCCAUGCUCGUGUGACAUGACCAAAUGCAUCCUAAUAAAGACAUUCAUGAAACAAUCGGAACAACACGCUGCAGAAGCUAAGGCGUCUGAUGGUUUAGUUGAAGAGGAUAUUGAUGACGAUAUGGAGGCUCGAUAGCUGAAAUAAAAAGGUUAUGU